AUGGCCUCGUCACCGCUUGCAAUCUCGGGGGGACAGCCUACCUGGGUCCCCUAUGAGCCAACCAAAGAUUGCUCCCAGGGCCUGUGCAGCAUGUACUGCCCGCAGUGGUGCUACUUCAUCUUCCCGCCGCCUCCGCCGUUCGACUUCGGCGGCCCCAGCCCCGACGACUCCUCCGGCCCUGUCUUCUCCCCGCUUGUCAUCGCUAUCAUCGGCGUGCUGGCGAUCGCCUUCCUCCUCGUCAGUUACUACACCUUCAUUUCCAGGUACUGUGGCACCUUGGGUUCCUUCCGGGGCAGAGUCUUCAGUUCCCACUUAGGUGCUGGUGCCCGCGGCCGUGGCAACGGCGGCGGCCGCAGUGGAGGCCAAGGACAAUCCAGGAGCCAGGAAUCGUGGAACAUCUCGCCGUCGACCGGGCUGGAUGAGACCUUGAUCAGCAAGAUCACCUUGUGCAAGUACAAGCGUGGUGAUGCCUCGGUCCACACCACGGACUGCUCGGUCUGCCUCGGCGAGUUCAGGGACGGGGAGAGCCUGCGGCUGCUGCCCAAGUGCAGCCACGCCUUCCACCAGCAAUGCAUUGACAAGUGGCUCAAGUCGCACUCCAAUUGCCCUCUGUGCCGCUCCAACAUCACCUUCAUCACCGUGGGCAUGGGGAUGGCGACGCAGGAGGCCGAGAGCCGUGGUCCAGGCGAGAGUGUUGGGAGAGACGCUGCCCAUGAUGUGGUUGUGGUGAUGGAUGACAUGGAAAUCAUGUGCGACGAGCAGCAGAGCAUGGCGGGCAGCACAGAUGGUGAUGGUGAUGACCAGGAGGCAAAUGGUGGUAGUCCGGAGGGAAUGGACGAGGCCGACGGCAAGGCUGAGAUCAGAGAAGAAUGCCCGCCGCCGCUGAAGUUCAAGUCGGGGCCUUCGUCGUCUGACCCGGACCAUGAUAUCCGCAUGUCCAUCGCCGACGUUCUGCAGGCCAGCAUGGAAGACGAGCUCAUGGCAGCCAGGGAGAGCGGCGUCCUUGCAGGUGGCGCCGGCGCAUCAAGACGGUGUCACGGCGAGAACAGCAAGGGCGGACGCAGCAGCCGGCGUGCACUGCAGGACGCCAUGGACACGAAGCGGUUGCCGCCUGCUGGCCGGUCGUGCUUCAGCAGCAAGAGUGGGAGGGGAAGGGAUUCAGAUCUUCCGAUGUGA